GUAGGGAUGUUUUGAAGCUUCGCGUCAAAAAUUUGCGCGCCUACGAGGAAUCUCCGGAAUAUCGUAAACUCUCAGUAUUUUUAGAAAAUAAGCUGUCCAGUUAUUAGGCGACACAAUGCCCUCCACCCUUGAACUGUGUGAAAAAUUUUACGGAACCCGAGAUGUGUAUAAAUUGUUCGAUGUAAAAAAGGACGCAUCAGAAGCAGAAAUUAAAAAAUCGUAUUACCGAUUAUCAUUAAAAGUACAUCCCGAUCGUGUCGAAGCUGGCAAAAAAGAGGAAGCUACUGAAAAAUUUAAAGUUCUGAGUAAAAUUCAUUCGGUUUUGGCCGAUCCGAAUAAACGCGCUCUCUACAAUGAAAGAGGUGUCAUUGAUGACGACGACGACGACUCUCUGGGGUCGAAAUGGCUAGAUAUGUGGCAAAAGUUUUUCAAGCCUAUUUCCACGGAAGAUAUUACUAAUUUCGAAAAGAACUACAUAAAUUCUGAACUGGAAAGGAAUGAUAUCAAAAAGGCUUAUUUAAAUGGUAAAGGGUGCAUAAAUUACAUGAUGAACAGUAUUCCAUUUAUGAGUUGCGAAGAUGAACCGCGUAUUGCCGAAAUAGUGAAACAAAUGAUAUCUUCACAAGAGGUUCCUGAGUACCAGAUGUUUACUAAUGAACCUAAAGCCAAACGAGACCGGCGUCAUAAAAAAUACGCAAAAGAAAAAAAAGAAGUUGAAUCAACAAAGGACAAAAAAGCGAAAAAUAAACCUGGAGGAUCUUCUCUAGAACAACAGAUAGCACUUCGUAAUUCUGAGAGGCAGCAAGGUUUUGCAUCGCUACUGGACAGGCUAGAGCAAAAAUAUGGUAACUGUGAGGAAAAUGAUGAUUUGUUCGACAUUGAUGAAUACGUGGCCAAAAAGAAAUCUAAAGCUAAAGCAACUCCUCAAAAGAAAAAUUCGAAACCUAAAGAACAUAAAGUUAAAAGUGGUCGCGUAACCAAAGAGACUGCGAAGUGAUUCUUGGCUAUGGCCGAUUUGUUUUUAAUUGAGAAAUAAAUAUGAAAUUUCGAGUAAUAUGCCCAUUCCAAA